GAACAUGCUCUCCACUCCAUGCACUCUUAGCCCGAGACCGCUCUACUGGGCACCCGAUGAGCAAUUUCACACAAAAGAAUGGAGAGGGUGCCCUGGUUCAGCAAGUGUUCCGAAGGUUAUGUGUUCUCUGAAAGUCACGGUAGAGGCUAGGCGGUGGAUUGGGAUUCAAACAGUGCCUCUGUUCUAGGGUGCGUCAUCCCGGGUAAACGGGACAAUUAGCUUUGGCGCUUAAUGCUUUAUUAGCGUCACCUGUCAACUCAUCAUCUUUAUAAUCGUCAAUCAUAUCAGAAAAUGCGUUUCUCUCGUUCUCUAUCUGUCCAGGACCAGUCUGAAGUGCAGCGCCUUCGGUAAAGUUUUUCAAGUUUGUAAAAAUGCACAAACAGGAAAAACCCCUGUCGAUGUUAUGGGGUUGUGAACUCAGCGACUCAAAGAUGCAGGAAACAUUCAAAACGGAUGAUACAAACUACCAACACCAACUCGCCCUGAGAACUAUGUGUCUGGGCGCAGGCGCAAAAGAAGAGUUCAACAUUGUGGAGUUGAUUACUGGAGAACCGGCUAAUGGUAAAGGUGUAGCCGUGGCGACCCUACAUGCCAACGGCAUGCCCAUGGUCAAUCUCUCUGGGCUUGAACUCCACCCUCCUGUCACCUUCAGGCUGAAGAGUGGUGCUGGACCUGUGUACAUCUGUGGGGAACACAUUGCACUGGAGGAUGACCUCUCAGGCAUGGAGAGUGGUGAUGAGGAGAUGGAGGAUGAGGAGGAAGACAUUGAGGAGUCUCCUGUGAAGCCUAAGAAAGCACUAGCCAAAAGCGUAAAUGCUGCAGGCAAGAAAAAGAAGCCAGAGGCAGCAGAUGAACCCGUGUCUGACGAUGAGAACCCUCCCAAAAAGGGAAAGGGGAGAGGAAAAGGCAGGGGAAAGUAAUCCCAGGUGCUGCUGCUCAUCCAAAUGUCCUAUUUGGUCAAUACAAAGGUUCUGUCAAUCAAUUAGUGUCUUUCUACCUGUUCAGUACAUGGAUUAAACUAAGGCUGUUUGUCCUGUACAUGUGGUCGGCGCUUUAAGUAAAUCGUUUGGAAGAAA